AUGUCCUCCGGAGAUGACCAGCCCAAAUUGAAACAUCAUGGGGAUGAUGUUCCGUCGAGCGCGAAGACAGCCUCCUCUGAGGCGGAUGAGAAGAUCUCAUUGACCACGCCAGAUGGAGAAGAACCCAGCGAUGAGGAAAAGAAGAAUCUCCAGCACGUUGCUGAGAACCUCCCCCUCUCAGUCUGGCUUGUCGCCGUUGUCGAGCUCUCCGAGCGUUUCACCUACUACGGAAUGUCAGGCAUGUUCCAGAACUAUCUCAACCUUCCGCUCAAUGGCAGCGAAGGACGCGGAGCAUUGGGGUUGGGUCACCAGGGAGCUACCGGCUUGAAUACUUUCUUCCAAUUUUGGUGCUAUGUUACUCCCAUCAUCGGUGCCAUUGUGGCUGACCAGUAUCUCGGCAAAUACAAGACCAUCGUUAUGUUUUGCAUCGUGUACUUGGUCGGUCUGUUAAUCUUGUUUCUUACCUCUCUUCCGGUUUCGCUCCAUCAUGGCGCUGGCCUUGGAGGGUUCAUCGCAGCCAUUCUCAUCAUUGGUCUCGGGACCGGAGGUAUCAAAAGUAACGUUGCUCCUCUUAUUGCUGAUCAGUAUACACGCAAGAAGAUGGCCGUGUCGACGACCCAAAAUGGCGAGCGCGUUGUCAUCGAUCCAGCGCUCACUGUACAGCGAAUCUACAUGAUCUUUUACGCCUGUAUCAACACCGGUGCUCUCUCGCUUCUGGCCACAUCUUAUAUGGAGAAGUUUAUCGAUUUCUGGUCAGGUUACUUGCUAUGUCUUUGUAUGUUUGCCAUUGGCAUCUCGGUUCUUAUCAUAGGACGUAAUAGCUAUGUUGUCCGUCCUCCGCAGGGAUCCAUCAUCACCAAUGCCUUCAAAGCACUAGGUAUCAUGAUUGUCAGCCGCAACACAGACGCGCCCAAGCCCUCGUGGCAGGCAGUCAACGGUGGCAAGCGCACCAACCUGCCUUGGGACGACCACUUCAUUGAUGAACUGAAACGGGCCUUGGUCGCGUGUCGUGUUUUCUGUUUCUAUCCCAUCUACUGGGUUGUCUAUAACCAGUUCUCGAGCAAUUUCGUUACACAAGCGCAGCAGAUGCAGGGCCACGGGAUUCCCAACGACCUGAUGCAGAACUUUGAUCCCAUCUCUAUCAUCGUCUUCAUCCCUAUCCUAGAGACUCUGGUCUACCCAGCCAUGCGGAAAUUACACAUUCCCUUCCGACCCAUCACCCGCAUCGCACUCGGAUUCAUCGUUGCAUCUCUGGCAAUGGUAUAUGCUACAAUCGUGCAACACCUCAUCUACUCAGCGGGACCGUGCUACGAGCAUCCAUUAUGCGACGCCUCCAAGGUCAAUGGCAUUGCCCAAGGUAAUCGCGUCCAUAUUGCAAUCCAAACUCCAGCCUACGUCUUGAUUGGGCUCUCUGAGAUCUUCACUUCGGUAUCCGGACUGGAAUAUGCAUACACCAAAGCGCCACCCUCCAUGAAGUCGUUUGUGCAAUCUAUGUAUCUACUCACCACUGCCUUUGGGGCCGCGCUGGCCGAGGCCUUGACGCCUGCAGCGUUCGAUCCCGCCAUCCUAUGGAUGUUCGUGGGCCUAGCCUGUGGGACCUUUCUGGUUGGGAUAAUAUUUUGGGUUACCUUCCACCACCUUAAUGAUCAAGAAGAUGUGAUGAAUGCCCUGGAUGCGAAUGAUUGA